UGUUGAUUUUGAAACAAAUAUUAAUCAACCCAAAGAGGGGCAUUUUCCGAUGAAUUUAGACAAAUCGCGUUUAAAUAUUUCUGUUCGUCUCUUUUCUGAAGAUAAUAAAGAAUUAAGUAAUGCUCCAAUUGUGUCGAUCAGUUGGAACAACUUUAUUAUAGCCUUUUGGAUAUCGACUUGGAAGAAGAACAACCACCAGUUCAUUUUCGUGUAGCGGAGAGGUCGGAAGAUGGGGGUUGGAUAGAUAUUGUCGAUACUUUGGGUGUUUCUCUUCCCUCUGAAUGUUUAGUUACUGAAAAGCCUAUUGAAUUGUUUUGUCUGCCUCAGGCUGUAUUUCGCGUCAGGCCUGUUACAAGAUGUGCUGCUUCAUUGCCUGGUCAUGGUUAGUAUUAGAGAUAGAACUUUUGAGGUUUCCUUCUUGAUAAUCGAAAUUUUUGAGCGAAAUCUCUUCUUGCCCGAUCUCUAAGUAUUUACUAAUGGCAUUUACAACUUUUUUCUUCUAGGUGAACCUUUAAUUAGUGUAAAAUUCAGUCCAAAUGGGUCAACACUUGCUUCUGGUUCUGGCGACAAAACUGUAAAUAAAAAUGAAAAAUGCUUUUUUUAUAAUUAAGGUCCGCCUAUGGGAUACAAAAUCACAACUUCCUCUGCAAACACUUACCGGUCACCAACAUUGGGUAUUAUGUAUUGCUUGGUCACAUGAUGGAAAUAAAGUUGCAUCAGCUUGUAAACAAGGAAUAAUUCUUAUUUGGGAAUAUGACAGUGAUACCAACAAAUUUCGAUUAUUCAAAAAGUUGACAGGUCAUAAGCAAUGGAUCAAUGCACUUGUGUGGCGUCCUCUUCAUCUUGAAGCCCCUUCUAGAUUGUUAGCAAGUGCAGGUCGAGAUGCGUCGAUUCGUAUUUGGGAUGUAAUUAAAUCACAAACUUUAUUCGUGCUUAGCGGUCACACUGCUUCUGUAACAGAUAUUCGAUGGAGUGGAAAUGAUUUAAUAUAUUCUGGGUCACAGGAUAGAACAAUAAAAGUUUGGAGAACGAAUGAUGGUGUAUUGUGUCGAACACUUGAAGGCCAUGCUCAUUGGAUAAAUACUUUAGCUUCAAAUGUUGAUUAUGUUUUACGUAUUGGAUCAUUUUCCCCCGAAGAGGAUAGUAAACAAAAACAAAUAUCAAUUUCAAACACUCAGCCUCUGGAAGUUUGUAAAUUUUUUUGA